AUGUGCACCGAAACAACCUACACGCUCCGUUGCGAGCACGUCACCACACGGACGGCAUACUGCAACGACGCGCCCAAGCCUUCAAAGUCGUCAUCUCGCAAGCAAAGAAAGCCAUGCAAGAAACUCACCCGAACUUCGGUCCCCUACCCACCACCGCCGGAGUUCGGUCAGCACGUCAAGUGCCCAUUGACACCGUGUCCAUUCGAGGAACGCGGCGGCUACUGGAACUGUUGCUGGUGUGGCAAGGAGUGGAAUGAUACAGGACGCUGCAGAUGUGUCAUGAUUAUCGACCGGCAGGAGUACCGUUGUGAGCAUAUUUGCUGCGAGACGUGCGAGCAGGCUGUCGAGUUAUGA